UUCGUCAAGAUUUAUUACUAAUUGUGUACGAACUGAAACCUGGCUAUUACGCUGUUGGAUAAAGGCCACACUACAAAACAAGGUAGGCUGCAUCUAACUUGGUUCGAACCACUCUAGUUCUGACGCAAAUACAUUUUCUUUUAACCUUAGGUCAAAUUACCCAAUUUAACAAAAACCCGUUAUAUCUGCUUGCAAAUCACAAGAGACAGUUAGGGUUCUUCUAACUCACCGCAAAAAGUUCAGAUAAAAAAAUGGUGUUGCAGCUUCCUGUUUCGUCAUCUUUUCUAUGAAGUUGAUUUAUGACUGGAGUCGAAGAGCAGAGCCGGUACAACAUUACUUUCUGCCACUUGGUCUGAUUUUAAUUAAGUUAUUCUAGGUAAAAUAAUCGAAUUUAACAUACGCUUGGCUUGAGACUAGUUGUAAAAAUAUACAUACCAAAAUAGGUAAGCCAGGCGACCUCGCUUAUUUGUUUAAGAAAUUACAGGGAUAGCAGGCGCUUUUCGAAGACUGAAUUUUGAAUGAGUGAGUGAUUGAGUAGUGCUCCUUGAAAACCAGCUGCCACUGUAUGUGAAGAUGAAGCCUGACGUAAAAUUGGUUCUACUGGGGGACAUAAACGUGGGGAAAACGUCUUUGUUGCACAGGUACACCGAAAGGAAGUUUACAGAUACAAUUAGCACAAUCGGGGGCGCUUUCUUCUUGAAACAGUGGGGACCGUAUAACAUUUCAAUAUGGGAUACCGCAGGACGAGAGCAGUUCCAUGGCCUGGGCUCCAUGUACUGCCGCGGAGCCGACGCUGUGAUUUUCACUUAUGACGUCACAAACUGGCAGAGCUUAGCAGAACUGGAAGACAGGUUUUUGUCAGUGACUGACACCGCAAAGCCGGACUGUAUUUUUGCCAUCGUGGGAAAUAAAGCAGACCUGACGGAUGACUGUGCUUUGUUUAAAGAGGCAGAAGGAAAUGAGAGCCUUGUUCAGACUAUGGGCAGCCCCAGACUGCAGAAGCAAGUGCACAUGGAGGAUGCUGUCGCAGUGUAUAAGAGGAUUCUGAAGUAUAAAAUGCUAGAGGAAAAGGACAGCCUCCCUGCAGAAAAGAUGUGCUUUGAGACCAGCGCCAAAACAGGGUACAAUGUCGACACACUGUUUGAAAACUUAUUUGACGAGGUGGUGCCAAUGAUUUUAAAGAACAGAAAUGAAGGCUUCUCUCAGACUCUAGAUUUGACCGAAUAUAAGGAUGGAAAAAGGACUAGGCCUGGCUGCUGUGUUUAAUUAAACAUGAAAUCACUUAUAUGGUGUUUAACACUAGAGGUAUGACACAAACUUUUUACUGAACAAAUACGAAACGUACAAGUGAAUUAAAAUGUCAUAUUUAUUUCUUAUUCAUUUGCAUAUUCUGUUGCUUUUAUUACUGUUAAAUAAGUCUGUAUUAAUGAUUGAGCCCUUUUAAUGUAAUUCACAACUUUGAUUUAUGUAGUACUCGCACACAAGGUAUGAUUACAACACUUUCAUUUAAUUCGCAGGCAAGGCUGUAUUAACAAGGAAGGUUAAUAAAGUCGUCCUGUUUUUAGGAACCAUAGUGCAUUUAUUAUUGUACAUUAUUUGAUUUUAUAAAUAAACUAGUGUUUAUUUAAACAGUGUUUGUGUUUUCAACUUGUUACUAUUGUAUGGUUGGAUAUUUCAGAUAGUGAGUUUUUUUUUAAAUCUUUU